UUCUCUGGAUAAACGUAUAAAGCUCUACUUCAACGGAGAAAGGAACGCAAUGUAACGUGACCCGUGUAGUAACAGAGGAAAUUUAUUAGUUUUUUAUUCAAAGAUUUUUAUUCAAGAUUUUGAUUUCUUUUACAAGAUUAUAACCAUCACUAAUGGAUUUAAGGUGUUUGACCAUUACUGUAGCGUUGAGUAUCACAGUGGUAUUCGGGAGUGUUGUAACAAGAGAAGAAGAACUGAAAAGCCUGGUGAACCAUUUAUUGGACUCGUCCGAAUCUUCCCUGAGGGACCAAGGCAAGCGAAGCUGGGAAACCAUCAAUUUCCGCGGGAAAAGGUUCUCGUCAUCAAAGCGAGGCUGGGAGGCCUUACCACUCUAUCGCCGUAGGAAUCCUUAUCUGAAACGUGGAUGGGAGACACACAUUGUAAAAUAUCCCGGUAAAAGACCGAGUUUAUUUCCGUUUGUAGACCGUUCCCCUGACUCUGUUGAGCCGAGCUGUUGCACAGAGGGAUCUUUUGCGUGCUGUCAGCUUUGUAAUACCGGUGUACACAGUCCCGUGCUAGUUUUGAACCCAUCCAGUGCGAUCCGAGAACCGUGCCAGUGUUGUGACGUGUCAGAGGAAUUCUGUUCUCUCUGUUCCGUUAUGUGAUAAUGGACCCUCGGUAUACCACUGUAUCUUUCUUGUAUGUCAUAAAGUUUAAUCAUUGACAAGAAAAAAAGUACACCAACUUUCACCAAGUCUUUAUACAAUGUAUCGUCUCCAGUGGGUAGGACGCCGUGCAUCAUUUUGGCGCUUUGUAGUAUGUCAGAUGGAAUACCAAAAAUUAAUGACUAGCUUGUAUUAAUUGAUCAGGUUUUUAAUAAUUAAAUUUUGAUUGUGGCAGAACAAAAAACUGUCUUUUAGAAAUGUAUACACCUGUAUCUUCAUAUUCGUCAUUAAAUGGACGUAUAAACAUC